AUGGGAAAGCCCAAGAAAACAUCCUUGGAGCGCCGAAUGUCAAAAAUUACGGUUGUGGAUGAUCGGGCGCGACUGAUCGUCGGCUUAGAUUUUGGCACAACAUGGAGCAGAGUCGCCUUUGGAAUGGAGAAUUGUCCUGGUGAUAUUGAGGUCAUCCAGACAUGGCCAGGAGGCAGCAACAGAACCACCGAGAAAGUACCUACCCUUAUUUCGUAUCGAGGGACCAAACUCGCUUGGGGCUAUCAGAUAGACUACACCGAGGAGGGGUCAAAAACCACUAUUCAGGGAUUGAAACUUCUUCUAGACGAAAGCCAGGCUUAUCGAUUUGAGCCCGCCAGAGAAUCGAAACUCCUUAUCGAGGAGUUGGGCAAAACACCAGUUGGCGUUGCUGGAGACUACUUGGAGCAUGUCGUGGCUUUUUCGAUGGAGAUCCUAAAACGCCGGUUCUCAACUGCCUUAAAAGCGAUGGAGAUACACUACUUUUUGACAGUCCCGGCUGUAUGGUCAGACAAAGCGAAAGAUCUCACAUUGCGAGCAGCUCGUCUAGCUAGAGUCCCAGCAACCGCUUUGACCUUGCUAUCGGAGCCAGAGGCGGCAGCGGUAUAUGCUAUACAGACUAUGCAACCUAAUUCAAUCAAGAAAAACGAUUGUUUAAUUGUCUGCGAUGCCGGUGGGGGAACAGUGGAUAUCAUCACAUACCAAAUCACCCAGACGGAGCCAUUGAGAUUUGCUGAAGCUACCGAGGGAGCAGGUGGCGUCUGCGGAUCCAUCAUGUUGGAUGAGCAAUUCGAAGCGCUAUUGAGGCGGAUCUACCGUGACGACUUUGACAAAGAGAUUCCCCAACAUGCCUUGAGGGCUGCCAAACAGUAUUGGCAGGACUACAUCAAGCCUACAUACAAGGGGGUGCUUCAUGGGGAGGAAUUGAAAGAAACCCCAUACCAGGUGCCACUUCCAGGAUUGACAGAUCUCCCAAGAGCGAAAGAUUUCGAUCAUGGUAUAUGGUUCAUGGAGCAUGAUCAAGUGAAAGGGAUCUUUGACCCGAUAGUCGAAGAGAUAGAAGACCUAAUUGGGGACCAAUUGCUUCGACUGAAGCAAAAGACACUUCUCCCAAAGGCCAUGCUGUUAGUGGGAGGGCUAGGCUCAUCGGAGUACCUGUUCCGACAACUCCGCGCCUCAUUUGAUGGCAUAGAAGUCAUGCAGCCCAAGAACCCAUGGUCUGCCGUUGUUCGUGGCGCGGUUCUUCGUGGUCAAGAAGGCAAUCGUGUCGACAAUCGUGUCGCUCGAUGCAACUACGGUAUAAAACACUGGUCCCGCCGGGCGAAGCCUUCGCUCAAGACUAGAUGGUGCCCAUACGAGGAGAAACGGUACCGGACUGAUUGCAUGACAUGGUAUAUAACCAAGGUUCGUACCGAAAUCCCGGUGAUUUAUGACCUUGGGAAAUCAGCUGGUUGUGAAAUCACUUGCUCACUUCGCGCCUAA